UAAUUGUUUGAGUUGUCAAUGGAUAUUUUCCUUACAGUUCCUUGCACUUUUUGAUGAAUUUGGUGGUUGUCCUGCUAUUUGGAACUUGCAUGAAUGGUCUGGAUGGCUCACUCCUUCUACAAUGAAAAAGAGAUUUGAUACAGCAUUUUAUAUAGCUUUUGUGGAUGAAAUAUCAAAACCAGCAGCAGAUGGAGGGGAAAUUUCUGAUAUCCAGGUUGCAUCUCCCAAGUCAAUUCUUGAGCAGUGGCAGAAUGGAUCUAUAUUGCUCCCACCUCCUCAAGCAUAUGAAAUAUCUCGAUUCUUACAGUUCAGACACUAUGACAAGCUAAAAGAGUUUGCAAUUAACAGAGGAAAGAUGGGCUGGAUAGAUGGUUUGUCCAGUAAAGUAUUAGCAACUGAUGGAUUUAUUUCAGUCUUACCAGGUAAGAGAUUUAUUUUAAAUAAUUGCUGUGGCAAGAAGUCCUCCCUUACUUGAUAAUCCAAAUUAGUGGUGAAACUAAUUAGGUAGAUUUGUCAUAUUUGUUUUUCAAAGGGAAUACCAUUUGACUUUCAAGUCGUAUUUUGUUAGGUAAAAAUUAAUACAUUCUAUGUCAAAAUAAGAAAUGAUGUGGGUAAGAGAAUGUCGUCUUCUGUGGAAGUGGAAUGUCACUAUACUUGGAACUUUAGUGCACAGAUACCUCCUCUGUUAACUCUGGCUGUACUUCUUAUAAAGUUUACUUUAGAAUUACAAAGAUUAUAAUUGAGGCAUUUCUGUGUUGCAUAGACCAAACUAGACCUUCUAUAAAGGCCUGUAGGAGCACAUAUUAAUUUAAUAUAAGUAUGAUAUUCAAAAUCAGUCUUUAAAAGAUAAGUAAUAAAAUUAAUGCAUACUUAAUUUUUUAUUUUGAAAAUAUGUACGUAUAUUAAUUCUCUGAAUAUCCCAAAGUAAAUUCAUAGUCAAGACUAGAUACGUAUAUCUUUCCCUUUGAAAAAUAAAUUAUAUGAAAUACAGGCAGUCAGCUUUUAUCGGCAGGGGUCCAUUCCUGGGGGUGUGCCAAUAAGCGAAAAUGCCAUUAACCCUUUAAUGCCAAUUGGACGUAUUAAACGUCGAUAUAAAUUGUCUGUUGGGUGUUGAUUGGACGUAUGGUAUGUCGAUAUAAAAAAGUUUUUUAAAAAUUAGCGGAAAAAUAGUUAUAGAGACCUACUAGGCAAAAACUUUUGAAUCACUUGCCUUGGGGGAUGCUGGGAGCUCAUGGAUCAAGGCGUUGUUUUGUUUACAAUCGUUAUGCAGGCGUGCAAGCGCGAAUUUCUUUCUUAUCGCACUAAAAAGUAUCAGCGACACAUCUCAGAAAUUAUUUCGUCACUUUGACAUAAUUUUUGCACCAUUUUAAAUUAGCCGUUACAUGGAGCAUUAUAUAUGAAAAUGUGUGCAAUUUUAUGUAGAAUACAACAAAAAAUAACUCAUAGUUGUAGCUUUUAUCAGUUUUGAAAUAUUCUCAUAUAAAUAACGAUAAGUGCCAAAUUUCAACCUUCGGUCAACUUUGACUCUACCGAAAUGGUCGAAUAACGUAAUUGUAAGCUAAAGCUCUUAUAUUCUAGUAAUAUUCAAUCAUUUACCUUCAUUUUGCAACAACUUGGAAGUCUCUAGCACAAUAUUUCGAUUUAUGGUGAAUUUAUGAAAAAACUUUUUCCUUACGUCCGCACAGUAACUCUUCCGAAAAAAACAUAAAUUUUUUUGUCCGAUUGUCGUAAUGUUUGCACCAUUUUAAAUUAGCCAUUACAUAAAGUUUUAUAUAUGGAAAUGUGCACAAUUUCAUGUAGAAUACAACUAAAAAUAACCCAUGGUUGUAGCUUUUAUCAGUUUUGAAAUAUUUUCAUAUAAAUAACAAGUGCCAAAAUAUCAACCUUUGGUCAACUUUGACUCGACGGAAAUGGUUAAAAAACGCAAUUGUAAGCUAAAACUCUUAAAUUCUAGUAAUUUUCAAUCAUUUACCUUUAUUUUACAACAAAUUGGAAGUCUCUAGCACAAUAUUUCGAUUUAUGGUGAAUUUAUGAAAAAAAUAAAACCAUUUUCCUUACGUCCGCACGGUAACUCUUCCCAAAAAAAUCAUAAAUUUUUUUGUCCGAUUGUCAUAAUGUUUGCACCAUUUUAAAUUAGCUGUUACAUAAAGUGUUAUAUAUGUAAAUGUGCACAAUUUCAUGUAGAAUACAACUAAAAACAACCAAUGGUUGUAGCUUUUAUCAGUUUUGAAAUAUUUUCAUAUAAAUAACGAUAAGUGCCAAAAUCUUAACCUU